UAUUGUCCCAAAGUAGUUCCGUGGACUUGUGUACGUAUUAAUCAUUUGCCAGCUGUAGAGGAUUCGAUAUAUAAUGUAUUGAUAGUCAGUAAUUUUUCUCAAACCCAUUUGCCAUAUACAGUUUUUCAUAUGAAACCAGAAGAUAUCACUUAUAUGAGAGGUUCAAUGAAAACAAAUCUUUUAGUAUUGUUAGCAGAUCUUUUUAAUUUGUUUGAAAUUCAUCCAGCAAAGUGCGUUUGCUAUCCCAGCAUGGAUUCUCCUGAAAUUAUCGCAAAACGAAAUGUUGGAGUAAAUGAGCAUGGAAUUUGUCAUCGUCGGGGUCUUACAAUGCAAGCAGUUAAACCAAUUCCAGAUUUACGAAGUGAUUUAGACAUCUUUUCCAGCUCGCCAACGAAUCGACCCCCGUUUCAAGUUACUCGUCUUACUUCGGAUAAUAACAAUUUCACAAAUAGGGUUAUAUCAAGAACUGAUUUUCGUAUGACUGAUAUAGCAACAAAUAAUUUAGACAAGAAUCAGAGUGAAGCCUUUGUCGUGCACAAAUCUCGUGGCAUUACAACACUUUCAUCAUUGCACUCGCAACACAUGCAAGAGGAACCAUUAGUUCCUGCACGCUUGCGUCCAAAUAAAGAAAAAACAAACAUGGAAUCAAAAGCCGAUGAAAUAGGCGAUUAUGUACCAGCUGGAAGACCCAGUAAUUGGGAACAAAACCGACGGCCCAGUUAUGCAGGACGACGUUCGCGCAGAAAUUCUUCAAGUGAAGAUUCUCAACUAACAAUUGAAAAUUUUGGUGGUUCCCAAGACCAACUUAAUAUGGCUGGACGUUAUGAUCGUGAAAGGGACAGAGAAAGGAAAUUAUCUAAUGCCAGUGUUGAACCUGCUGUAGCUGUGCGCUCCUCUAUAGCGGAUGCACGAGGAACUCUGCAAAUAGGCUAUGACACUGAUUCAGGCUCUGAAAAGCAAGAUCGUGAAACAGAAAAAUACUCGAUGAGACGCCAAGGAAGGCCCGUCAACGUGCUUCCGUAA